AUAAUUUGCUGUAAAAGCAAAGAUACCAAGCCCAUAUCAUAUUUUCACCCAACCAACCAAAAACAUCACCAAUACAAUACCUUCUUCUCUAUCUAUUGUUCCUCCAUGGAAAUGAAAGCCAUGGAAGAAAGUGAUCAUGUUGAUACUUCUCGUCCUUUUAGCUCAGUAAAAGAGGCUGUUGCCAUCUUUGGCCAACGGAUUACACUACCAGGACAAACUCACACGGUAAACCACAAACCGGUAAGUCCUAGAAUCAACCACACUGUCUCUUUGCCAUCUUCCCCAUGGAAGCAGCGCCCUUCGUUGCCCUCUUUUCCUCAAGGUCCAAAAGAAGAGUUCAUGGAUGUUUUAAAGAAGCUUGAAGCAGAGAUAACGGAGACAAAGACAGAAGUGAAGAAGUUGAAGGAGAGAGAGUCAGAGACAGAGGUGGCUUUGGCAACAUUGAACGCAGAGAUGCAUAAGAACAUGUCAAAGAUGGCUAAAGCUGAGGCUGAUGCUGCAGGGAAGAGCGCAGCAGCAGCAAUGGCCAAAUCUGUGAGCGUUAAGGAAACAAAAGAGAAGGAAAAUGGAGAUGAAGAGAGGAGGAAUGAGUUGAUGAGGAAGAUGGCAAGGGAGUAUCCUACAUUGGCUCAGAUACUUGAUAGUAACAGAGGAGACAGAAAUGGGUAUUUUGGGAAGAAGAAAAAGAAGAAACCUAUUGUUCCUCUUUUGGGAGAUUUCUUCUUUUUCAAGAAGAAAGAUUCUUCGGUUGAAAUCUCUGGACCUCUUUUCACUACCUCGUCCACUCUGCGCUUUUAGCUGAAAUACCUAAAUCCGAAUAAAAUCAUGUACACUGCAAGUGUUUAUAUAUAUGUCUGUAUGCAAUUCAAUAUCGGUGAUAUCUAUGUAUAUGUGUGUGUGUUCUCUAUUUGUUUGUCUCUUUGAUUCUUUGUUUGCAUUUUGUAUAAAAAGCAGCACUUGUGUUCCCUCUUUCAUCCUAUAAGAGUUUUAAUCUAAU